CACUUUUUAUGCACAUGCGCAGUAAUGUAACAGCUGGUAAAUCACAAUAAUUGUGCUACUAUUUUUGCAAGCGAUUUGCAUCCAUCAGAGAUUGCUCUUGAUUAUUGCCUACAACUUUGAGUGAUUGGAGCUGUUAUCACCUGAGCCAUGAUCACCAAAGUACCGUCGUCGUCAGGCGACGGCUUCUUUAGCCCUGAAAUCAUCUACUCUUCGUACAUGUCAGACUCAGGGUCAUCUGAAUCGGAUGACUUUUCUUUAGAAUCGAUAGACUUUGACGGUGAAUUUACUGAAUAUUUGUGGAUGGAAAAUGAAGAGGAAUUUGAAAAAGAGGUGCUGCAAAAGCUAGAGGAAGAAGAGCUGACAGAGCAAUGCUUAGAAGCUAUGUUAGAAGACGAGAGGGAAAUACGAAACAUCAGGAACGCCAUGGAAUCUAACAUAAACUAUCCACCUGGGUCACUUCCUCAGCAACUGCAGUCCCUCAGGGUUUUGGAUCCACUUGUCGUAAGCAUGAGUUCUUUAAAUCCUGAUGCAGCUGAGUUUGUUCCGACCCAAGUGACACUGCCUAUUAUGAGUCCAACAACUUAGAAGCUGGUAAAAUUUGUUAAUCUACUAUAGUACAUUUGUCCUGCAGAACGGAUGCUAAAAGCCAUACAGAAGUUUGGCAUCAUUAACAUUUCACUUGAGUUAGGAGCACACAAAUUUCAUAAUAAAUUAUCAAUAAACAACAAUAAUAAUGUUGGGCCACUUUGAUCCAGUUUAAUUUUUACAAAGGGAAAAAUAUUUAAGUGACAAUCUCAGAUUUCUUUCUUAAAGCCUUAUCCACCAUAUACUUAAUUUUGACGCGUCCAUAUCUGAAUUUCUUGUGAAAAUGAUUACAAAUUAAGCAUUCAAUUAUUUAUAAUAGACCUAUUUUUUAAUAUAAAUGAUUUAUUUUUUACUUUUUUGCUACUUAUGUUGAAAUUUAUGUUUAUUAGCUUUUAAUGGCCAGAAUGUAAACUGUCAAACUGAUAACAAAAAACUAAAAAAGGCACUAGAGAGGCACUAUUGAAUGUACCGAUAUUUAUAAUUAUUUGAAUUAGAUAGAAGCCUAAUUUCCUUUCUUUUGAGCAAACAAGAAAGCCUCCAGCCUCAAUUAGGCAGGUCUUUAAUUGACAAGAUGCAGAAUAUUUAGAAUAAAAACCAAAGAGACCAUUUAUUUAAAAAAGAAAGAGAGUCCAGCAUUUGUUGCGAAAUCAUUAUACAUGGUUUGUGCUUUCAUAAUAUAAACUAAUCAAAGAUGCGUACUUUUUAGUGUACUUAAAUGUUGACAAUUAUUAAUAACCUAAAAUUUAAAUAUCACGCUGGUUCAAAAUAGUUACAUAUUGUUUAAUAUAUUAUGUAAAACUUUCAUUGCUCAUCUUGUCUUAGAUGUUAAAUUUAUCAUCGCUUUAUAAACAAGAAAAUAAUAGUCUGUGGUCUUUAUAUAGUUAUUGCUGUGAUGCAGAUUGUGUGUAUUUUACGUAUUUUAUACGUUUCUAUUUUUCAAGCUAAGAGUAUAGAUAUAAAUUUAUUUAUAGAAAAGAAAAAUUGAGAAUUGUGAUUUAAUUACUUGAAAUAUGUUACAUUCGUACAAAUUAUUAUUAUUUGUCUUGAUUGAACCUUACUAUGCUAAAAAUCAUGUAAUCGCUUUUAAAGAGUUUUGGCAAAAUCAGGAUGUUGUUCUAUGAUACAACACACUAUUAUGCUACUUCUGCUAAAUAUCAAACUUUGACACCAUCACCCUAAAAUUGAUGAGAUAAUAAUGUAAUUUAAUUUAUUAAUUAAAUUUUUUUUGGUUCUCCUGUAUAACUUGAAUCUUCUGAUGACUAUAUUGUCUUAACAAAUUAGUUUAAUAGCUGAUAAUUAUUAAUUUUAAAAUAAUCAUUAGGAAAUUUUUUAAGUACCUGUUUUACAACAAUUAAUACAAUUAUGUAGAAUUUAGCUCCAGUCCAGGGGCACAGAGGAAAGCAUUCUCUGCUUUUAAGGUGUAUCUUUUCUUUAAUGUUUGCUUCUCAUUUGCUCCCUAUGAGGGCACGCAAUUGAAAGAAAACUGAAAAACCAAAAAAAUUGUGAUUGUAAACUAUAAACGGAAUCUGAGCUAGUUGUAAGGGAACCAAUUAAAAUAAAAAAACUAAAUUUUCAA